GCGGGAAUAUUUUUACAAAGCCAUUGAUUUCCAGCAAUGAACAAAAGUUCAUAGCGGUAUAUCCGCCUUACCCAUAUAUUUCCCAAGGCUGCUGCAAGAGUACACUGUUUUGAGUCCAUAGGCAGACAGAACAAAAAAAACAGCUAUCUUUAAAUACUAAGUCGUCCAAAAUAUUGUACUAAACAUCGAAUAUCCAGGUCAAACACUAUUUUUCACAUACCAGCCAAGACUAAAUCAAGGAAACCUCCUCCUUACAAGCUCGCCCACCACGCAAACCAAACCCAAAUCUCGCUCAAAAUGCUUCCCUCCACCAACUCACCGAACCUAAACAUCCUCCCCACAGGAUCCUUCCCCACCUGGUGGCCGCCUCUUCCACCUCCAUCUACCUCAGCAGCCUCCACCGUUCCCUGUCUCCCUCCAUGCACACUAACCCGCGUCCUCUGGCCAGCCUGCGGCUGCAGUUACAUCACCCGCGCCAUCCACGCAUCUCACUGCCCCAACUCCAAACCUCCUUCCUCCUCCCCAUCUCGAUCCACCCCCAUCAGUACUAUCAGUACCAGUACUAUUACCAGUCCCGAUACCAAUAUCAAUACCAAUCCCUCAGAUCCCUCCACAUCCACCCACGACACACGCCCCCUCCCGUGGGGUUGUUCACGCAUCACCUCCAUCUACGAGAUCCGCGACCCGCCAGACCUUGAGCGCGAACGCCAAAGUCAAAGCCAAGAUCAAAGCGAAGGCGAAGGCUCCGACAACGACAACUACAACGACAACGACAACACCACCGGCCUCUGCCAACCCUGCGCCUCCCUCCGCCUCAUCAACGCCCCGCGGCCCCUCCCCGACUGGGCCACCGACCGCUGGCCCGACGAAAAGUACAACAUGGGACGUCUCCUCCCCCACGACAUCUCCAGCUCGCGGCUCACCCUCGAAGCCUCCCGGAUCCUCAGCACCUUCCAGUCCCGCAUCGCUAAGCAGACAUCCGCCCGGGAAGCGGAAGUAGCAGCCCGGGAAGAGGAGAUUGCUAAGGCGUGGUAUGAUUUCAUCUAUGUGCAUGGCGGGCCACAGGAGGAGUGUGAGGAGAGGGAUGUGCGGUUUGGCGUUGUGGAGGGGGAUAGGGUGCAUGUGUUUUGGAUGGAGAGGGGGUGGAAUGUGUGUAGUGGGGGGUUGCCGGGGUAUGAGGUGGUGCAGUUGGGGGAUCCGGCUUGGAUGCUGAAGGGGGGUGGGUGGUAUAGUGGGUUUUAUUAUACGUAUGGGGCGCCGCAUUUGAGGGUGGAGGGCGGAGGAGGAGGAAGUCGGUGA